CACAGCUGAGGUGAUGAUCAGACGCUCCGAAUUAUAGAGCUGCGCGUUGUGCACAGACUUUGUCGCGCGGUUAGUUUCGGUUAACGUGCGCGUGUUGUGCUGCCUGACAGAGAAAAGACAGAAAAGUAGAGUGACGUCCGCGGCUGUAAUUAGUUCCCUAAUCAGCAGAAUUGCCAGCAGGUGUGAAUUCAUGUCUGUAUUUUCCCCGCAGAUAUACUGCCCAGUGUUUGUGCCCGGCCGAGAUAUGACUGAGGUGAUGAUCAACAGCACCCCCAUGGAGGACAUGAGGCUCAGCCCCAGCAAGGACAGACUCUCCUUUCAGAUAUUCCCUGAUCCCUCAGACUUCGACCGUUGCUGUAAGCUCAAGGAUCGGCUGCCAUCUAUUGUAGUCGAGCCAACGGAGGGAGAAGUCGAGAGCGGGGAGCUCCGCUGGCCUCCAGAGGAAUAUCUGGUCAGCGAAGAGGAAGAAGAAGAAGAGGAGGAGGAAGAAGAGGAACAAAAUAAUGGCAUCAUCCAAAAUGGACAACCAACACAGAAUUCUCAGCACUAGAGGCUGUGUUGCAGCACCCAUCCUCCCUUGUUCCCUCUUUUCUUUUUGAUAGACUCUUCUUUUCCCACACUGGUUACACUGCACCUCAGCACUCCCGACAGACUGGCAGACACACAUGCCGUGUCUCAUGAUGCCAUCUCGUUGCUCUUGACACCAAAGCAUCAAUCUCACAAGAGAAGCAAUACACACACAUUCUUACACAAUAAUUUAUCCUCCUGGAGUACAAAAACCCACAAAAUCAGACUUGAAAAGAAUGGACACGCACAGCUGAUAUUCCUGCAGUGUGCGCUCAAACUACACUUAAAAGCUCUCCAGCUCCAUGACCUUCAUCUGCACCUCCACCAUCUCAGAUGUCAUGGAGAGCUUGCAAACAUAUAUCCUCCCACUGUUUGUGUCUCGGCCCCGGAACAGACGUCCUGUUGGACAGCGGCAGCUCAGUGCUCCAUGGACAGCUCUUACACUGCAGGGGGGUCCAACUGCUCUGUACUUUACUCCAAAAUGGCUGGCGUUAUGACCCCAGAGACUUCAUACUUGCAUACAGAACUAUUGUGGUACCCGUGGGGAUUAUCGUCUAUAGUGUCCAUACCCGUGUUCACUUUCUGGACUGAUAUGUUCAUUAUUGUGAUUGCCACUGCUGUCCAUAGAUCUGUCUGUUUCUGAGAAUGUUUUGUGAUUUGUCUGGUUUUUGAGAAGUGGGUGUUUUGUGUAAAAUGUUACCAGGACCCCUCCCUUGUCUAAAGAUUUUUUGUGACCUUACAUCAGACAUUCAUAGUAAAAAAGCAACCUAGAAUCAUUUUAGAGAAGUGAGCAGAAAGAAAAUAAACCAGCAUGCUAUGCGAUAAAUUCAUUGUACAAAGGCUUGCAGUGAGGACUAAGUCAUGCUAUGAUCCUCUCAACACAUCGGCCUUCUGUGAGCCUCAUGACAAAAGCAAAACAGUGCAACAUGGAGAACACAAUCUGACGCAAGCAGGUUUAUUGUUCAAAAGGGCAAAGCUGACCAAGGACUGCAAAUUGUUUGUUUUGGUUUUUAAAAAAAAAAAAAAAGCAGUUGAUGAAGCAAUGUACAGACCCAUUGAAGGAAGUGUAAAUAGUUGUUCCCGAUGAACCAACCCCUGCGGCCUUGUAGUGCGCUCAUCUUGUUUGUACUAUGGUUGACAUUUUAGAAAGAGCUGUACACACCUGAACUGAAAGUCUCGCCUCGUCUUCCUUUUUUCUUUUUGCAAACAGCCAUAAGUUUGACACGAUGAAGUUCAGGUCACGUAUAAUUCACACUGUAGGACAGAGCUCACAAAUAAAUAAUAUCUGACAGUAUUUAAGUUUCGUCCAGAUGUUUGCCAAAAGCUGUUAAUGGGGAAUCUUAUUUGUUCUCUGGUAGCAAUGUCUUGUUUUAUUUGUCCAUGCUGCAUAUUCAGAAGUUGAUGUUCUUUGGUUCACUCUCUAAAAUCACCACUUACUGUUUGUGGAAGUCUCGUCUGUCAAUUUGUGGAAAAUAUUUCACUUUUGUGUACACAAUAUGAAAUCCUGUCGUACAAGCAUGAUUGAGAUAUGUCUGUCUUUUUGUAAUUUCUCAUUUGAGUGGCAUUAGGGCUGUGUACAGAACAUCUCUCUUUCUCCUGUCUGUCACCUGCAGGUCCCACAUUGUUUUUGUAAAGCUCAGGGAGAUUAGCCGCCAUCUUUCUCUUGUUUUUUUGUAUUUAGACCACUUUUCUCUGUGACAAUUACAGAGGCUGUAAAUAAACAUUUGAAUUUGCUAUCCAA